AUAACUAAUAUUUUGUUUCAGAAAAAUCAGUGAAACAUAAAAUGAGAUUUACAAAGUUUUGUAUUCUCUCCAUCCUUCUUCCUUCUCUUCUUACCCUUCUCUCUCCAACCCUGGCUCAAUCCUUCUCUCCGUUCUCUAUCCUGGAUAAUUUUCUCAACUCACCAAACAUCAGAAAUGGGUUUUUAAACACAAAACAGUCUCGGAGACCAAGAUUCCUGCAUCCAAGUAUUCGACCUCCGGAUCCUAACCUCCGAGCUCCAGACUUCAGCCUCCGACCUCCACUACCUAACCUCCAGCCUACGGUGUUUAAUGGAGGCUCUGGAAGUGGAAGACCUGAAUUUCAGGAUCAAAUUGGAAGCUUUGACUUUCAGAAACCGGUUUUUAUCAAGACCUUUCCUAAACCGGUUUUCAGAGAUGUAUCAACAGAACCAGUUUUCAACAGAAACCCGGUUGAACCCUUGGUGUUUACUACAAUAUCCCCUGUUUCAGCUGUGGAGAAUAGUUUCAGCAAUCAAGGAUUCAAAGCUUCUCAGGUAGAUUUUGUAUCAUACAUUUAUUUUACCCCUCCCCCUCCCCUCCCUAUAGGUCUUUAUUUGGGGAAAAAGGGGAUACAACACACUUAUUUUUGA